AUGAGCUCCUUCAAGGCUACCUGCCUCAGCCUGUUGGCUCUUGCCAGCAUCGCCACUGCUACUCCAGCUGCCGUUUCUCAAGCGGCUCCCAGCGCAAGCCCGAGCGCGUCCUCCUGCUCAUCAUCCAAGUGCCAGUCCUUCACUAUCGACCUCACCUGGGGCAAGACCGAUGGCGCCAACUCGUUCUCCAGGAACGCUAUCCUCACAAAUGGCUCUUUCCCAGGCCCUCCCCUGAAGCUCAAGCAGGGUGAUUGCGUUGAUUUCACGGUCAUCAACAACAUGGAGGCUUCCACCGCCGUCCACUUCCACGGCAUCCGUCAAUUGGCCACUCCAUGGUCUGACGGUGUCCCUGGUGUCUCCCAAACUUCAAUCAAAGGCGGCGAUUCCUACACAUACAACUGGAUCGCCGACGAGCCCGGCGCAUACUUUUACCACAGUCACUACAAGGGCCAGAUGAUGGAUGGUCUCUAUGGUGCCAUCAUCAUCUCUCCUGCCGAGAACGCCACCCUUCCCUUCUCUUCCCUUGGCGACGACAAGGCGGUCAAGCAGAUCACCGCCGCCAACGAGAACAUUGAGACCAUUCUUGUCAGCGAUUGGUCGCGCUUCACCUUUGAUGAACUCUUCGGCUACGAACAGGCAGCCAACAUCGACGCGGCCUGCACUGAUGCUUUCGUCCUGAACGGCAAAGGUUCGCAAUACUGCCCUGACGCGGCCUUCCUCGCUGCUCAGUCCGCGCCUCCGGCGGCCAAGAUCCUCAACGGCACGUCCUUGACUGCCAAGGGCUGCAUUCCCGCAAGCAAUGCUCAGGUCCAAGGACCGCAGUACAACCGCACUCUCUCUGCCCUUCCUCCUGGGGCUUACGAUGUCUGCACUCCAUCCACCGGUAAAAACUAUACCUACACUGUCGAUGCUGCGUCCGGCUGGGCUGCGAUUUCCUUCAUGUCACCUGCCGGUACCGCUCUUUUCAAGAUCUCCAUCGACGGUCAUCAGAUGUACGUUUACAGCAUCAACGGCCAGUACAUUGCUCCCCAAAAAGUGGAUCAGAUCGGCCUCGACAACGGCGAUCGUGUCACUGUGCUCGUCAAGCUUGACCAACCUGCUGCAGACUACACCAUCCGUGUCGCCAAUGCGGGUCUCAACCAAGUCAUCUCGGGCUUCGGAACGCUCUCAUACAAGGGUUCAAAGGGCCCCGCAGCCGUGGCGCCAAGCAUGUCUUAUGGCGGCGGUAACGCCACCGCGAUUGUACCACUCAACCGCGCUGCCGGCGCGCCUGUUGGCAACGUCAGCCCCCCUGUGGCUGCGCAGGCUGACAAGACGUUUAUGCUGGACAUCAUGAAGGCACCCAGCGUUCCUGCCGCGUGGGAGUGGGUUCUCAACGGUGAUGAACCAUACAACCAAACACUGGACGACGCAACAACCCCACUUCUGUACCAGAACCCGUCUGCUAUCCCGGAGAGUGACCUGAUCCUGCGCACCAACUACAACGAGUGGGUGGAUCUCAUCAUCAUCGUCAAAGGCCCUCUGGCUCAGCCUCACCCAAUUCACAAGCACGCCAACAAGUUCUACGUCAUCGGCGCCGGCACUGGCGACUUCAAUUACACCUCCGUCGCCGCCGCACAGGCCGCUGGCGUCCCCUUCAAUCUGCAGAACCCCCCUUAUGUUGACGGCGCCACCACCCCACCCGCUGAGGGCAAAAGCGCCUGGUUGGCUCUGCGCUACAAGGCCGACACCCCCGGCGCUUGGCUUCUGCACUGCCACGUCCAGACCCAUAUGAGCGGUGGCAUGGCUGUCGCCAUCCUCGACGGUGUCGACAAGUUCCCCACCGUGCCCAAGGAUGCUGGCAAGACCUGCGGCAUUGACGGCAACGGCAGCGGCAGCGGCAAGGACAACAAUGGCUCCGGCUCUGGCUCGGGCUCUGGGUCCGGCUCAGGCUCAGGCUCAGGAUCCGGCUCAGGAUCCGGCUCCGGUUCAGGUUCCGGCUCCGGCAGCGGCAGCAAGGGUGGCUCCGGCAACGGCACGGAGCCAUUCACUGGCGCAGCCGCGCCCAAUGCCGGGUCUGCUGGCGUCAUGUUCGCGUUCGCUGCUGUGAUGGUGGCUGCGGCGAUGAAUGUGCUGUAA